AUGUUGGUUGGCAUAUGCGGAGGCAUAUGUGCCGGGAAGAAGUCCGUAGCCAAUUUUCUGGUAAAGAAUCACGGCUUCCAGCAGAUCAGUGUCGCCCCAGGAAGCCAUCAGACCAUAGUCGAGGAAGAAUUUGAACAGCUCUCCCUCACCAGCUCGCCAAACCCAUCAGCCCAAACUUUCCAGACCAUUGACGAGUUAAUCGACUUCGUGACCCCAAGAUGGCGGGAACUAUGGGUGACCACGGAUAUACCAGAUGAUACAGCGUUAGAGCGCCUGCUUUUGCGUCCUUUCUUUUUGCUAAUCAGCGUUGAUGCUCCGAUUACCUUGCGCUGGCGUCGGUUCACUGAUAGAUGCUGGAGAAAACAGCUAGAACCUCCAGACCUGGAAAAGUUCGUUUUGAUAAGCGACCAUAGCCAGUAUGACCCUAAAAUCGGGGUUUCAUAUCUGUUAGACCGCGCCCAUGUCCGGCUAUUCAAUACGUCUUCGUCAUUGCAUGCGCUGCAUGCUGCCUUGGACUCUCUGGAUUUGCUUAAUGUUCAACGAUUACGGCCUGCUUGGGAUCAGUAUUUUAUGCAGUUAGCGUCACUGGCAGCACAGCGAAGCAAUUGCAUGAAGCGGCGGGUCGGCUGCGUUGUCGUCAAAGACAACAGAGUCAUGUCUACAGGAUACAACGGGACUCCACGGAACGUGAAGAACUGUAACGAAGGCGGAUGCCCUCGCUGCAACCUAGGGCAAGCCGGCGGUACGGUUCUCUCAACAUGUCUCUGCAUCCAUGCUGAGGAGAAUGCUUUGCUUGAGGCCGGCAGACAAAGAAUUGGAGAGGGAUCAAUUCUUUACUGUGACACCUGUCCAUGUCUGACCUGCAGUGUCAAGAUAGCCCAGGUUGGCAUCUCAGAAGUUGUAUACUCCCAAGGAUAUCACAUGGACAGCGACUCGGCAGCCGUAUUGAAGGAGGCAGGAGUAAAACUUCGCCAGUUCUCGCCUCCAUGUAACCGCCUGAUCGACCUCAAAGGUCUAGAUAUAAAGAUCCCAAAGUCUGGACACUAG